AUGAGUUUCUUCUCUUUGCAGAUGAGUAAUCUUCUUACAGGAGGUCCGACAGAUGCUCAGAUAUUCCUUUCCCUCGCCCUCCUGGGUCUCGCUUCUCAUAUGUUCUUUAUUCGUCAUCGGAACGUCGACCGCUUGGUAGGGAUAGGCUUCAUGCCAUAUCUAUAUGUCCAAUUUGGGCUAUGGCUGCUUUUGUCCAUUCGCAGUGAUCCUAUCAAGUCAGGGAUCUUUCUUUGGCUUGCCAAUGCAGCCUUCUACGCACCACUCUUUGCCAGCAUCUCUGUCUAUCGACUAUUUUUUCAUCCAUUGAAGCCAUUCCCUGGUCCUAGCAUGGCACGAUUAACAACAUGGUGGGGAGUUAAUAGGCUUGCGAUGGGAGAGCAGAGGUACCAACUCCACGAUGAGCUACACCGUCAAUAUGGAAAAUUAGUACGGAUAGCACCCAAUUACUUGUCGAUCAAUAGCCAGGAAGCUGUUGCGAUUAUUUAUGGCCCUGGUACCAAGUGCGAGAAGUCAAAUACAUUUUACGGCUUGCGGGAUGCAAAAAGUCUACAGCUUGAGGCGGAAUUCACGAAACAUCGAGCUCGCAGACCAGCGUGGGACAAGGCCUUGAGCGCCAAAAGUAUGUACAUACGACAUGAAACAAAAACAUCUGAUUUAAAAUAUUCUCUAGAAGCUGACUAG